CCCGCACUGCCAGUCCCGGCGCCAGCCGCCACCGAGGACCAGCAGAGCUGCCUGGUGGGACACAUAGAGCCAGCAGCAGCUGCACCAUGGCCAGGCUAGCGGGGCCAGCAGCAGCCCUGGUUCUCCUCUGCCUGGCCGUGGGGCUGGAGGCCAGCCCAGAGCUCUCUGGGUACCUGCGCAAGGUGCUGAGGAACCACACAGCCCACACCUGCGACGGGGAGCAGCUCCUCAUCGUCUGCCCUCGCAAGACCACCAUCAGCAUCCUGGGUGCCUUCUAUGGGCGCCGCGUGCCCAGCUCCAGCCUCUGCCCCAGCCCUGCCGAUGCCUCCCAGGAAAGCACUGAGUGCUCAUCUGCCACUGCCCACCUGAAGCUGCUCUCUGAGUGCCAGGACCAGCAGUGGUGCCAGUUCUCCGUGCACAGCCAAGUCUUUGGCCCGGACCCGUGCCCUGGGACACACAAGUACCUCAUCGCUUCCUACAAGUGUCGCCCAGGGAACCAUCGGGUCAAGACUGUGUGUGAGAACGACAAGUUGAGGCUGCAGUGCCGAUCAAAAUCUGUCCUGGCCAUUUAUUCUGCAAAUUACGGACGAUUCCUGAGAGGCAAACCAGAGUGCGAUGCCCUGAACACUGAGGGACCUCACAUAGAGUGCUUGGCUCCAGACGCCCUGCGGAGAGUCUCCAAGAAGUGCCACCGCAAGGGGAACUGCACCGUGGCUGCUGACCGGGCCACCUUUGGGGACCCAUGCCUCCCUGGCAUGAAGAAACAGCUGCGAGUCUCCUACACUUGCGUGCCCAAGCAACUGCUGGAGGAGGUGGGCCCGGACACCUCGGACCCCUUCCUGCUCUCGGACUACAUGCAUGGUGGCUGGUACAAAGGGCCCAGGUUCUCCAGGCUCCGGGAAGACCGGAUGAUUUUUACUAGCUCCCUGGCGGCUUUUGCCCACCUUUGGGGUGUCCCAGAAAAAGUUGGCCUCUACUUUCUCUGCGGGGUCUCAGGAGGCCUCAUGCUCCUGCUGUGCAUCAUCAGCCCCAAAAACACCUUCCUCCAGGAGGUGGGGGAGGCUCUCAGAGACACGGAGCUGGGGAGCAGCUCGGAGCUGAGCAGGACCAAGCUGCGGGAUGAGCAGGAUGAAGACCUUCCUGAUGACAGCUCCUCAGAUUCCUCCUUCCGCCACCUCACCCGCACCUACCGGGCCACUGACAGCAUCUUCGGCCCUGAGCUGACAGCAGCCAUGGAGGGAGUGGUGGAGCACCAGGGUCGUGCUGGGGAGGAGAUCUGGAUGCCCAAGGAGUCAAGCCCGUACGCCAUCCAAAAGAUCAAAUCAGCCACCAAAUAAGAACUGAAAGAAAAUGGGCAGAGAGCAGUGGGGAGCAGAGACUAAGUGGGAUCUGGCAUUGGAAGGACACAAGAGUUAGGGCUCCUCGGGGUGAGUGGGCAUCCCGAGUGGCAGCAGGGCCACAGCAGCCCCAGUGUGGCCAUCAACAUACUGCUCCACCAGCCUGGAAACUUCUAACCCAAGGGUGAGAUGAGGUCCCUGGGUGUAAGGAGGGACUGCAGGAGGGCUCGUGGGGCCACUGGCUCCUUUGGCACCAACACGCCGCUAACCCUAAGCUAACCUCCCUGUUCUUGGCUUAUAUCGGCUGGCUCUAGUCCUUAACCCCACUCCGCCACACAGAGCCCACCCUGAGCCUUUCCAGGCUGUUUGCUCCUCUUUAUUCUUGGGUGCUGCCUUCCACCUCUGGUGCAGCAAACACCCGGCAGCACUCAGACAGCGUGCCAGCGGUGGAGAUGCAGGAAUGACCAGGAUGCGAGGUGGGUGCAGGCAAAACGGGUGGGAGAGCACCGCAAGCAUCACCCAGCAUGGUCCUACCACGCUGCAUCCCUUGCAGCCCUGAUGUCCCCAGGGGAGUGGCACCCCGGGGCUGGGGCAGCUGGCAGCUUGGCACAGUGCUGCCUGUCACCUCCCUGCAGGCACUCAGGAGCUCUGUCACCCUGCACAGUUCUGCGCUUUCCUUCAUGCUUCCCCCACCGGCAGGAGAGCCCCAGGGUUAACUUGUUGGGGCUUUUUCCAGUAAAUAAAUGCAACAGCUCACAGA